CCCAACCAGCCAUGGCAUCUUCCUCCUCUUCCUCCUCCAUGGAGGGUGGCGAGCCGGAGCAGAGCAGCGGGACGGGCGGCGGCAGCGGCCCGGUGCUUUCGGAGCUGCAGCGGGAGAAGCGGCUGGCGUGCGUGGAGUUCCCCGGCGUGGUGCAGGACGUGGGCAAGACCCUGCUGACCCUGGGGGGAGAAGAAGGGGUCUCCCGGAUUUAUGCCGAUCCAAGCAAAAGACUUGAACUGUAUUUCCGUCCCAAAGACCCCUACUGCCACCCAGUGUGCGCCAAUCGCUUCCCUACCUCUUCAAUGCUGCUCAAAGUGAAAAAGAAAACGAGGAGGAAACGGACAGAGGAAGGAAGUCUGGAAGAAGAAAUAAAGUUUGAAGUGGAGAUACUUGGUGUCAUUUCUACUGUUUAUAAAUUUCAAGGUAUGUCUGAUUUCCAAUACUUGGUAAUGCAUUCAGAGCCAGACGGUAAACAAACAUCAAUGUAUGACAAAGUCUUGAUGCUCAAGCCAGAAAAAGAAGAUUUUUUUAUGAAUGAGCUGCCACUCUAUAUUCCUCCACCCAUUUUCUCACGCCUGGACAAUCCUAUCGAUUAUUACUACCGGCCAGAUGUACAUCAUAGAGAAGGCUAUCGCAACCCUCCCCUGUCCAGCGAGAAUCUGAUCGGCCUCAGCAGGGCCCGCCGUCCUCACAACGCUAUCUUUGUCAACUUUGAGGAUGGAGAGGUCCCUUCGAAGCCGUUGGAGGCUGCUGUGCAGACUUGGAAAAAAGUCUGUAGCAACACCGUGGAUCACCAAGCAGAAGCAGAGCUUAAGAAACUUUUUGAACUUCGUCCUGUGUGGUCCCGUAACGCGGUGAAAGCCAACAUCAGCGUUCACCCUGACAAACUGAAACUGCUACUACCCUAUUUGGCUUAUUACAUGCUCACGGGGCCCUGGAGAAGCCUCUGGGUGCGUUUCGGCUACGAUCCCAGGAAGCACCCCGAGGCGAAGAUCUACCAGGUUCUGGAUUUCAGGAUUCGCUGCGGCAUGAAAUACGGGUACACCCCAAAUGACAUGCCAGUGAAAGCCAAACGCAGCACCUACAACUACAGUCUGCCCAUUACUUUAAAAAAACCAGGAAGUCACGGCCUCGGCAUCCAAGACUUAAAACAGGGGCUCAGCACAUCUGGAACAUCAGGUGCAAAAUCCCCAGUUAUGAGCAAAUACAAACUUAAGGAUUCCAUUUAUACCUUUGAGGAAGGGUCUCUGCCCCCCUAUCGACAGAUGUUCUACCAGCUGUGCGAUUUGAAAGUGGAAAGCUUGCAGAAGAUCAUCCAUCGAAACGACAACAUGGAGGCGGCUUGUACGGAGCGGGACGGCUGGUGCCUUCCGAAGACCAACGAUGAAUUGAGGGACACCAUGUCACUGAUGAUAAGGCAGAUAAUCCGAUCCCAAAGGCCAGCUCUGUUCAGAAACCCUUCUAAAACCACAGAGGGCAAAGAGCAGCUGACUUUUGAAUCUGGAGAAGAGGAAGAGGAGGAGGAGGAGGAAGAAGAGGUUUUCAAGCCUUCGGAUGGGAGUGAAAAUGAAAUGGAGACGGAGAUUCUUGACUACGUCUAACAUCCUGGGGCUGGUUGGCUGGGCUGGUUCUUGGAGGGAGGAAUUUGUUUUGCUCUUUUUUCUUUUUGGAAAGAUAGAAGGAAGGAAGAAACCCACCAAUCCAACCAAUGAGUCAAGGAACUCAUCAACUUAACCAACUCACUAACCCAACCGACGUGCCAAGCCGAUGAACCCAACAACCCAGUCAACUCAACGCACAACCAACCCAACUCAUCGGCUAUGUUACAUCUUUGACUUGACUGGGUUUAUGCAAAAGUGUCAUUUGCAGGUUGCAUCUUUGUCGUUCUAUUUGUGCAGCCUUCCUUCCAUUGUUGGAUUCAAACACAAAUAUAAGACCUCUACUUUGGGGGGGCGGGGGGGAUUCCUUUGGCGUUGUAGCAUUUUUGGCAAUCAAGGGCCAAGCCCAUCUACGUCUGACAACUUUGUCUCCUGGAGUCGUCUUAUGGAUCGAACGGUGUUGAACUUCCAAUCAAGGCCUGAUGGUUACGUCAGACCUUGCACACCGGCAGGCAAAAUUAUAAUUUCAGUCUUACUAGGACUUAAGUUGUUCCUGUCCUUCUCAAACAAAACUCAUUGGGAAUUGCUUUCGUGACGCCUUGAGACAGAAACAACCUCCUUGAUUCCAUUGUUUGGGGUUUUAUGGGACAUCAAGUGGACAGCCUUAAGAAAUUUCCACUGUUUUGUAUAGUGAUAAGGGAUUUUUUUUUUCAGCUCAAGUGCAAAUAAAGAGA